AUGGUAUCUGACUUUCCUCUCUCCUAUGCAUUCUCCAACCUCAUUAUUCCUCAUCAUUACUAUUGGAGAAUGCCUAUCCCCCUCACUUAUCCCGGAUUUAAAUGCGUUUUGGAACAUUUAGAUGCUGUUAAACGUGCUCAUAUCAUUGGCCGUACACCAGGACUUCAAAAAGUAGAUAAAUUGAUUCCACUUUGUUUGGGAAACCUUAUUAUUGUCACUGACUGUUUUUACAACAAGCUGAAAAUCAACAAAUUAUCAAUCAAAUGCGAAAAAGAUGAAGUGAAACUUAAAAUGAAUGGGAAAAGAUUUAGCUGUCAGAUAUCAGAGAGCCUCGAAGACAAAAUGAAGAAAUUAAUCAACUUUUAUAUCUGCGAACGGUCAAAAAUUCAUGUAGACAACUUGAAUUGGAAUAAGAGUUUGCUCCCAGAUUUCUUGCCUGUCGAUUCGAAAUUAAGAGUGAAUUCUUUGGCUGCGAACACCAAUCAAUUCGACACCUUACUUCCUUUCAUAGACCCUCGUAGUUUUCCUCUAAAAACUAUGGUCACUUUCUCUGAGCCCUCAACUUACAACAGUUAUAUUGCCACCUCAGCCGAAACUCUCAUUCUGGGAUCAUCUUUCAAUACUACCAUCACACUCGAAGAACUUAAAAAGCUGAAAAACAAGAGAGUGGUAUUUGAACGCGUUUCCUUCUCAAGUAUUGAUAUGGUAUCAUUGAUUGAAUAUCAUAUUGAAACAAAGAAAGAUAUUAGAACCACUUUUGUGAUUACAGCGGUUUCCACAAUUUUCAUCAAUGAUAUAUUAAGAGAGUUUGACGAAGCGUUUGGUGAUUUCCGAUGCUAUUUGCUUGGCGUUAAUGAGAGAUUUGUCCCGGGAUCUUCUAGAUUCUCCAUCCCAAUUAACAACGAGUCUAGAAUCCAAGUGUACGCUACCGAGGAUCCAGACAAAGAUGAUCGAUGGAAAAUUGUGAUGAAACCAGUGUCCGCAGUCUACCACUUCAAACAUCGAUAUUAG